CCCAGUAAUAUAGUUAAAUGUCAAACAUCAGAGAAUUCGUUAAUAAAGUGCAAUUAGCAUAUAUUCAUCAAGAUGAGCAACUAUUUACUCAAUUAAUAACAGUUAAUCAAUUUAGUCCAGUUGUCAUUACCCUUCUCCAAGAUCUUCAUCAAACAUCAGAACAACAAGUAGAAGAAAUAGUAAAUAACAUUCUAGAAGAUACGUCCUAUUCCUUAGCAGAAGCAAUCAUUCAUUAUAUAGAACUCAUACGACAUAUCGAUAAUACAGAUAUUAAGUUUGUAUUUGAUAAAUUAUCAACCUUUUACAGUUCAUUCAUUCCUGUAUUUAAUGGACCAGAUACCUUUUAUCAAUUACCUGUUGUUAAGACAUUAUCAACAUUACUUGUAACAUUAGCAUUUCGAGUGGAUCAAUUAGGACUUAAGGGCAAGGCCCGUAAAGCGAAUACAGCAGCAAGAUUGCUUUCAAAAAUGUUUAAUAUUAUGUUAGCUGAUAGAUCACCGUUUGAAAGUUCAAAACGUCAAGGCAUUUUUCAUGUUACAAAUUUAGCUUUUAAAGUCUAUUUCAAGCUUAAUUCAGUUAGAAUGUGUCAAACAUUUAUAUCGAACAUACGCACUGGAGGAGUAGAGUUAGAUAUGUUUCCUAUAAGUCAACAAGUAACUUAUAAAUAUUAUAUUGGCAGAUAUGCAUUAUAUCAUGGAAGAUUAAAACAGGCACAAGAGUAUCUCUUAUUUGCAUUUGAAAGAUGUCAUGCUCAACAAUGGCAUAAUAAACGACUCAUCUUACAUUAUUUAAUACCAACACGUAUUAUUCUUGGUUACUUUCCAUCUGUACAGUUAUUAGAAAAAUACCAAUUAGUUGGACCUUAUUCAAAUUUAAUCAAAAUGAUCCGUUCUGGCUAUAUUUAUGGCUUUUUGCAACACUUGAAAAAGUACUUUCAUUAUUUUUAUCAUCAUUUAACAUUCCUUUUAUUACGAGAAAGAGGAGUCGUGUUGGUUUGGCGUUGCUUGAUAAAAAAUUUACAUGCAGCAAGGAAGCGACUUGGUGUGCAUGCACAUGUUAUCAGCUUCAAAGAUUGUUAUAAUGCUUUCAAGUUAUCCAUGAAAAAGAAGAAACGAGUUCCCUUUGGAAUGGAGGAUUUAGAAUGUAUUUUAGUCUCACUUAUUAGCCAGGGCUAUAUUCGUGGUUAUAUCCAGCAUCAAAGACAAAGACUUGUACUUAGUAAAUUAAACGCAUUCCCUCCUAUUUCGUCUGUACGUCUUCAUGUAGAAAAAUAUAAUGAAUCACUUAUGGAAGAUCAUAUGAUACAUGCACAACCCGCCUUACCAAAAGAAAUUGAAGACCUUAUGAAUGAAUGAAUGAAUGAAUACAUGCAUACAUACAUACAAUUUUUUUUUAUUAUUAUUUUAUUAACUAAAAUAAAAUAAAAUAAAAAAAAAGGAACAUGAUUGGUUUGUUUGUUUAUUUAUUAGUAUUUUGGUUGAC